AUGGAGACGCUUUCCCCCAGCGUUUACAUGUUGCACCCAUCGCCGGACAACACGACACCUACUCCCAAAGGCAAUAACCCGACACUUAUUAUUAUUGUCUUUGGCUGGAUGAAAGCUUCGAAAAACACACUCGCCAAAUACGUCCGUCACCACCAGGCCCUUUUCCCCGUCUCGACCAUUUUGCUCGUUACGUGCACAUUUGCAGGCAUGACCAUUCCGCGAUUGGGAUUGCGAGAGGCUCGCAUCGCCGCAAUCGCCGCCCGCGCCGUUCUUGAGCCGGAUGAGGCCCAGACUACACCUCACAGUGACGCCGAGUCGCGACCUUCCCCGCGGCUACUGGUCCACGUCUUCUCGAAUGCCGGCUCGACCAUGCUAUACCACCUUUACAUGGCCUAUGCAACCACCAGCUCAUCUGAUGCUCCCAAGAAUACCGUUCUUCCCUUGCACGCCACCAUCUUCGACUCUACUCCCGCGCCCUUUACCUACCAGACCCUCCUCAAGGGCAUACUCGAUGGAACCCCUUCGGCAGUGAUCCGCCUUGCCGUCAUGCCGGUCGCGUAUCUCUACGUUGCCCUUGUAUGGACGGCCAUCACCUUACUGCGGGUGCCGGAUCAUAUUGGCGACCUAGCGCCGCGCGCCCACAAUGACCCGGCUCGCGUACAUGAGACUUGCCGCGUCUAUGUAUACGGUCCGGCUGACCGCAUUACUCCCGCUGCGGCUGUGAAGCAUCAUGCUCAUGAAGCGGAAGCAAAAGGGUUCAGUGUGCAACACGAGGUGUUCGAUGGAACGGGGCAUGUUGCGCAUGCGAGAAAGCAUGCGGAUCGCUACUGGCGCGUCGUAGGGCAGACCUGGGAAGAAUCGCGACUGUGAGAGCAAAACUUGUUCUCACUAGAACUAGGGCUUUGCUUGCUAAGAGUGUAUGGUGCUACUGCUAUUCUCGAGUGCGUCUCAGUCAACUUGGCAUCAAAAAUGCUUGAGCUAUAGGGAUAAUAGAACGUUGCUUAGCACGUAACUGCAGAUACACGUGAUUCUUGCCUGUACGAG